ACUAUUGAAAGCCUGGAGUCAUCACUGACCCACAACCAACACCCGUGAAAUAACCACAGGCUGCACCCACAUGUAGUGUAUGUAUACAAUACAAUAUACACUAAAGCCUCUCCAUUCAUUCAUUCAUCCCAGCUUAAAGGGGCAACUGGUUGGUUUUCUAGGCUUAGAGAUAGAGCAUCGCUGCUAUUGAUUGGCUGAUGUUGGAGAGGGAGGGAGUAACAACAUCACUGGUGUUGAGGCAGCUACAGUGAAGUGUACGAUCUGUUUAGAGUUUACUGUCCCUUCUCCCAGACACUUGCUGCAGCAGCAACAACAGCAGCAACAGCAGAGCUGAUGACUUAAUCAGUGGAUCUGCACGGCUGCUGCCCAAAGGAUUCAUUGUAUCACCAAUUGGACUGAUUCCUACAAACAUUUUUUAUUUUACACUUUUUCACAAUUUUUUCAAUCUGAAGUUUAUUAAGUAAUAAAUACUUGUUGCUCAGAUGUGAUGUGAAAGUAACUCAUUCAGUCGUCAAUAGUAAAAGAAGUGUUUAAUAGAGUGAGUACAAGGCUGGAAUUUGUUUGAACGGACGCUGUGAAACCGUGUCACCAGGACUACUGGCAAUGAUGUGUCACUGAUUCAAAGACCUCCGAGCAAGACGGGAUAGUUUUCAUUCUUAAGGUUGUCACAAUGGAGGACUUCAACAAGACGUUCCAGUUUGUCAUACUGAACCUGACCACCAUCGUGCCCAGCAAUGCCGACAACAGGACAUAUGGACCCAGCAAAGAGUUCCGGAUGGAACUCAACACAUUUAAAUUCUCCAUGCUUGGUAUCAUUGGUAACACCCUGGCCGUGUUUGGACUGCUUGCCAACACAUUAUCAAUCAUAGUUCUCCGACACCGAAAAAUGCGUUCCUCCACAGCGUAUUACCUUGUGACUCUGGCAAUCUACGACAAUGUCAUUCUGGUCGCCAUGGUGGUGUUCUUCGGCCUGCCAGCUUUGUAUGAGAGCAUGGAACCUAGCAUCUUGGAGAGUUACCAUUUCAACUACAGUUAUGCCAUGCCAAUUGUAUACCCUGUGUCACUGGCUGCUCAAAUGGCUUCCAUAUAUACCUGUGUUGCCUUUACCAUUGAGCGCUACAUUGCUGUAUGUCACCCACUGCAUGCAGCUAACACAUGCACUAAAUCACGGGCAAAGAAAGCGAUGCUACUCAUCUUCCUGUGGUCUAUACUCUACAACAUACCUAGGUACUUCCAUUACAGAGUCGACACAAAAUGGGUGGAUGAGAAAAACAGAACACAAGCUGUUGCCAAGGAAACCGAAUUUGGCAGUGAUACUGUUUUCCGGCAAGUCUAUUUGAUAUACUUCCAAUUAAUUUUCAUGUUUCUGAUUCCAUUCUCCAUUCUCAUGAUUCUCAACUCUGCCUUGAUACGAGCGCUCAGACAUUCUCAUCAGCAGCGACAGCAAAUGUCCAAUUCUGCUGCUCGAGAACAUAACCUAACCAUCAUGUUGGUGGCCGUCAUCGUUUUGUUCCUCGUCUGCCAGUUUCCCUCAAUCAUUGACAACAUUCUCAUGGCCUCCACGGAGAGAGGACAACUCGUUAGCAACAUGCACUACAACAAAUUCUAUGUCAUGUGUACCUUCAUGGUGGAAAUCAACUCCGCAACAAACUUCAUCAUGUACUGUGUGUUUGGUAAAAAGUUCCGUAUGGUGUUUCUACAUAUCUUUGGAUGCAAGAAGGGGCAGAGGACACUGCAGUAUCGCAGUACGUUGUAUAACACCCGAACAAACGGAUUACGAUCAUGUGACAUGGAAGUAUCGUUGGUAUGACUAGGCAGAUGGUCCAAGAUACCAAAGGAAAAAAAAGUUGUUUUUAAAGAUGUUUUUGAUGAGAUUCCAUAACUCUAUCUUAAUCUUAAAUUUAAUUAUUUUAAAAUACAAGAUCAUCCCAGUGUAACAUAUGAAUAUUGAGAAGUGAAAUUUGGUAAAAACAAGUUCUGUCAAACCAGGAAACAAAUGCUACGAAACCAUUUCUACAAUCAUAAACAGAAGUGACAAAACCCUUUCCACAGACACAAGAUACCUCUGAAAAAAGCAGACUUCAUUGUACGAUUCUAGCUGUAUCAUGAGCAUGUGUUUAUGAAUCACUAUCAUAUAGUGAUGAUACCAGGUGUUCGCGAAAAGGUGAGCAAGGAAAGUACAUGAACUUGCUGGACCUUUCUGUGAUACCCAGUGCUUCUCUUUGUCCCUAUGUGUGUCAAACCUGCAUGGGGAGGGAUCACAUAUACCUGUAGGAAUGUUCUCACUACAGAGUGAGUAGAGCCACAUUGAGCCGCAUUUCAAUCUAAUUUCAGCUGAAUUGCGGCGUGACAGCUUAAUGUGGGAUAAAAGCCCAAAGUGAUACAGGUAUUCGAUCAUCUCUUCAAAGACAAAUGGAUUCUGGAACAGCAAGGGGACGCAACUUUGCAUUACAAAUAAUAGCGCCACUUAGCUGUGGCCUGAAAAUCUUUGAAGAAUAGUAUAUCAGAAGAUGUCCAUCCAUGGAUUACAUAAUAUAAAUUAAAGAUAACUAUUACAGCUACUACAUCAAGAUGUCGCCCUCUCAUCCAUCUAUCCAAAACACACGUCACUCACUCGCCAUCUCUGUCGCCCAAAUUUUCGGAACUACAGCAUAUGUCAGACUUAUAACUUUUAUUUCUUGGUGUACAUAUGUUUGGAAAAAUCCUGGGUACCAUUCCACAAAGUGAUCUUUGUGCUAAGACAAACAUAACUUCCAUAUUUUAACACAGACUUACGGUAGUCGUAGCACUAAUAUGAACAUAACUCCCAUAUUUUAACACAGACUUACGGUAGUCGUAGCACUGAGAUGAACAUAACUCCCAUAUUUUAACAUAGACUUACAGUAGUCGUAGCACUUAGAUGAACAUAACUCCCAUAUUUUAACAUAGACUUACGGUAGUCGUAGCACUAAGAUGAACAUAACUCCCAUACUUUAACACAGAUGUUGGGUUGUCGUAGCACUAAGAUGAAGAUAAAUCCCAUACUUUAGCAUAGACUUAUGGUAGUCAUAGAACUAAGAUGAACAUAACUCCCAUAUUUUAACAUAGACUUACGGUAGUCGUAGCACUGAGAUGAACACAACUCCCAUAUUUUAACAUAGACUUACAGUAGUCGUAGCACUGAGAUGAACACAACUCCCAUAUUUUAACAUAGACUUACAGCAGUCGUAGCACUGAGAUGAACACAACUCCCAUAUUUUAACAUAGACUUACGGUAGUCGUAGCACUGAGAUGAACACAACUCCCAUAUAUUAACAUAGGCUUCUGGUAGUCGUAGCACUGAGAUGAACACAACUCCCAUAUUUUAACAUAGACUUACGGUAGUCGUAGCACUGAGAUGAACACAACUCCCAUAUUUUAACAUAGACUUACAGCAGUCGUAGCACUGAGAUGAACACAACUCCCAUAUUUUAACAUAGACUUACAGUAGUAGUAGCACUUAGAUGAACAUAACUCCCAUAUUUUAACAUAGACUUACGGUAGUCGUAGCACUUAGAUGAACAUAACUCCCAUAUUUUAACAUAGACUUACAGCAGUCGUAGCACUGAGAUGAACAUAACUCCCAUAUUUUAACAUAGACUUACAGUAGUCGUAGCACUUAGAUGAACAUAACUCCCAUAUUUUAACAUAGACUUACGGUAGUCGUAGCACUUAGAUGAACAUAACUCCCAUUUUUUAACAUAGGCUUCUGGUAGUUGUUGUGCUAAGAUGAACAUAACAGCCAAUACUUUAACACAGGCUUAUGGUAGUUGUAAUGCUAAGAUCCCUUUGUGGAAGAUGGCCAUGGUCAGUAGGUGAAAGACAUCAUAAACCAAUUUCUUUGUUAUCUGAAGAUGUUGCCAUGUGUGGAGUGUUAGUGUAAGUUGCCUCAUCAUCAAACCUAUAUUACCUAGUGUCCUGCAGUUCAUCUAUUGUUUGUUUUUGUGCUGAACACGUUAUGUCACACUCGGAUAAAUAAAAAAAAAUGGUGCUUAAGAAA